UACAUGUUCCACUGGGAGCUUCCCGAUAGAAGAAUCAUAGGUUGAAGUUUGUGUGGUGAUCAAGUGAUCAUGGUUCAGUCGAUUGAAGUCAGGGGUGGCAAAGGCUCCAUUAAAGUGGGGACAAGCGGGACUAUCAGUGCCCUGAUGACUAGGGAAUUGGAGUCCAUCAAGUGCAGAUCACAGGCCAAGACAUCCUCUGGUAGGAAACCUCCAACAAACGGUGGAGUUGCGAAAAUGGUACAACCAAGAAGAACAUCAAAUGAGGUGAUAGGUAGUAGAAGCGGUGGUGGAAGAUAUCGCAGCAGUAAUCAUAACAAAAAUCUCGAGCAUAUCCAGAAAACAAAACACAACAUUCAGAAGAAUAACCAUCGGAUCCCGAUGCUUGGCUCUGAGAAUAUUGCUUUAGAGGGGACUCCUAACAGAGAGAAAGCUAGUACUAGAAAAGUAUCUUACAUUGUUGAGAUAGUAGACGUAAAAUGCGGGAACCCAGAUAGAUGGUCAAAUCCUAUAAAGAGCCGGUUCAAGAAACUCGGUUUCUCAAAGCUCUCCCAGAGUAUUGGGUAG